CCUGAUUCCUCAACCAUUUACCGAUUCGUCUCGAAUUUCCCAAAGCUCAACACGCUACUUGCAUCGCCGAUUAAUACCAUCGGCAAUAUUUCUCGAAUAAAAGUUGCAGCCACUCCGGAACUGUGACAAUGCCCUCAAAUCUACCUUCAAGUUUCGCCUCAGCGGCUGCUGGUCAGAACCCGAACCGUGAUACGAGACCAGGUGCUAGAAGCGAUGGCCGAGGGAACUCUAGCGGGGAAUGGUCUAGGUCGGGACGAUCAACCAACGGCGGUACUCUUACGUUUCGUCGAAUAUCGACUACGCCCUCGAGCCAGUCGCUCAACAGCCAGAUGCAAACUUCCGAAUCCAGCCAGCCAGCCUCCGCUGACCCUGCUGUAAUUUCUGCUUUGCCGGUUGGCUCCACCAAUUUUGAAAACUCGGGUGUCCUCAGAUAUUCACGAGAGCAGCUCCUCUCUAUUUUCAGCGCGACCCACGACUCCAAUUCUCAACGACCUGACGUUUCCUCUCUAUUCGUCCCCGGAUGGAACCCCGGACAAAUCAACGGCACGGCAUCGAGAGGCUGGGGCAAGACUUCCGACUCCCACGUUGCCCCUCAGGAACCGGACAUUUGUUGGGAUACGCCGGGAUCAACGACCGCUGUAGGCUUACAGGAGAUGAGCUCCGAGGAGAAAGAGCUGUUCGCAUCCGAUGUCAAUUCCGCUGUGAAACCUCCGGCUCAGAAUAAAGACGGAAAUCAUCCGGGAGGAGGCGUAAACGGUCGGAAGGCUUCCCUUUCCCACGGAACUACUAACACAUUUGGACUCGCUUCACCUUCGGCUACGUCGAGACCCGGUACGAGACGGCGUGAAACUACCGAUACGAAUCCGUAUUCUGGUGGCGGUGGCUUAACUUCUCCUGCAUCCGCAACGCGCCCAUCACGAGACGAUGCGUCGUUCUGGCUCGGCCGAAAGAACGCAGACCCCAAGGAUUCAACUUUCGAAGAGCCUGAAGAAGAUGCUAGCGCGAGAGAGACCCCCGCUAAAUCUCUGCCUUUUGGCGGUCUGAUGCGCAACAACACGACUCCGAGCAGCUCGGGUUUCGGGGCAGUAUCUCCCUGGCAGACGUCAGGCCCGACUACCUUGCCCGGCAUAGGUAGCUUCGGCAAUUUUGCGCUUCCUGGUUCUACGCUGGGGGACAAGCGACCUGGAAACCCGCGCGGCGAAAGUCGCUUGGCGCACUUGCUCCCAAAAGAAAGCUCUGAUAGUAUUGCGACUAAGGCGGGCGAGGGUGGUACUUCGGAUCCCAACCGUCCUUGGCGUCCGCGCCAGCGUACCGAUACGGACCCCUUCGGCGGCGAAGAUAGCGUCUCGGGUAGUGCUGUUCUGGGAGGCGCUCAGGAUACGAGUCCUCCCCCAAUGUCCCACCCGCCGCUUCAUACCUCGUUUGAUACGCCGGUGAAAGGUUCGACUAGCGAUUUUGGGAUGUCCAGUCUCAACUUGGGAGGCCAUCACGAACAUGAUCAAGCGCCUUUGAGUCCGUCGGAGACAAACCCAUAUCGAAGCCCCCCCGGCGAACGAAACGAGCAUGAAGAUGUGGGAGACAGGCAGCACGGCUCAACUGGCAUCGCGGAUCACGUUUCGGGUUACGGCGGGGGUCUGCCACGCUCGUUUGCCCACGCGGCGUUUGACGGUAGCGAUCGUAGCCAGACAUCCAGCGUCGGCGCCAAGGCUUACCCGCCGUUGAGCAAUCUGACCGGUUGGCCGUCUUCGAGCACGCCAGACCGCGAGCGUGCUCCGUUCUCGGGCUUUGGCGGCUCCCUCUUCGGUCCCGUUGGGGAUUUACAGUCCCCGAGUCUCGGUAAUCUCGGUGGCGUGUUUGGUCCCGCGAGUACUACCGGCUUUGGCGGCUCCGGAUCUUUUGGCCGAGCCAGCAAGCUCGGCUCCCUAUUUCCUCCAGCUAUGCAAGCGCAAAUGCAAGCCCAGGACAAUGAUAAUCUUAGCGAUUCGGUGCCGGACCUUCGUCAGCCUAAUCCGUUAGGCGCCAUUGGCCGCACUGCUCCAGGCGAUCAUAGCCGCGAAACAGGCAGCCCCAUGAGGUCUGGCAGAGGAAUCUUUGGCGACAUGUUUACCCCGGUCGAGACCAGUCGAACACCAGGCGCUGCGGAAAGCCUGCAUGGCAUUUCGGCUGCUCCUCAUAACCAGAGCUUUACGGCGACAAGCAAUGCGCCUUCGUACGCCGCCAGCCAGACUUCCGAGCCCCCUUCUGUUCAGUCCCGUACUAUGGUUAUGCCUGAUCGUAUGCGAUGGGUGUAUCUGGACCCUCAAGGUCAACAGCAGGGUCCGUUCACUGGGUUAGAAAUGAACGACUGGUAUAAGGCCAAUUUCUUUACACCUGAUCUGCGAGUAAAGAAACUUGAAGAUUCAGAAUUUGAGCCUCUGGGUCAAUUAAUCAGGCGUAUCGGCAACUCUCGCGAACCCUUCCUCGUACCUCAGAUUGGUAUACCGCACGGACCUCCAUCUCAGACCGGUCCUUUCUCUAAUUCGGGCGGCGUGAUUCAGCCUCCUCUUGUCAAUGCCUUCCCGAGUUUCGGAAGGACUUUGACGGCAGAAGAGCAGAAUAAUCUCGAGAGACGCAAACAAGAGGAGCAAUAUUUGAUGGCUCGACACCGGGAAUACUACGCAACCCAGCAAUCGAUGGGCAGAGUCCCGAUACCCGGCGUUCCGGGAUUGCAUCAUCAUUCCAGCGCUCACAGCCUUCAAAGUCAACCGAGUUUCGGCAGUAUCACAUCGCCCAUUGCGAUGCCCCCUCAGCCCCCGAUCGGCGCCAUUGGAACCUCGAGCUCUUUUUUCGACGCGCCAGCUACACAUCAAGCCGCCAUACCAGGUAGUUCUGGUCAAGGACUAGACAUGUUUCGAGAAGACGAGCUAGCUCGUCUAUCAGGACCAGAACGCCAGAUGUUAGCUGGCCUCCACGGUGCCGGGGCUAUAGGCGGCAAUGUCCCACCACAACCCAUCGGCGCGCCCACCUCGGAAGCAGGUGUGCGCGGCCAGCUCCCUAGCUCUCACGAACUCAGCGAGGACGCUGAAGGUUUUCGAGGGCGUUUGCAAGAAUUCGAAAAGCUUAGGGCACAGCACGAUGCCGAAAUGGCAGGACGGCAAGCUUCUUCACCUCUCCGCGAGAAGACUAACGAGCAAGGUGCGCAGAUGACCUCGCCCGCGCGACCCACCGAGCCUGAAUCGGUUUCUAAACAAUCCCCCGGAGCAGAGGCCGCUCGCCGUCAAGCCGAGAACGAGCAAUCAGCUGCUUUGACCAAGCAGUACCAACAGUCCCAAGCUGCCGCGGCUGCCGCGAAAAUCAGCGGGCUCCCGAUGCCUUUCCCACCACCUCCUUCGGCCACACCUCUACCCGCUCCUGCUCCUCAACGUGUUAAAUCUAACCUACCAGACCAAUACGCUACGAGUUCCCGGUCGGGUACGCCAGAUAUUGCGCCGUCAUCGGCUACGGUUCAGCCGCCACCUCUCGCACCUUGGGCUAAGGACAGUAAUUUAGAAUCGCACAAGGGACCCAGUCUCAAAGAGAUUCAGCAAGCGGAGGCCCAGAAGGCAGCUAAGGCGGAGGAAGCGGCAGCUCUUGCGCGACGUGCUCUACUUGAACAAGAAGCGGCACGAGAAAGAGAGAAGGCUGCUGCCGCCGCUCCUGGAUUACCUACAACUAGCACUUGGGGAACUGCGUCCCCCGUCAAUCCUAGCGCAGCUAGCAGCCCGUGGGCAAAGCCGGCUCCUGGAAAGGCCCCUGCGGCUGGACCUGCGGCUCAGGCGCAAUCUUCAGAUAAGAAGAAGACCCUGGCCGAGAUUCAGCGCGAAGAGGAGGCUCGCAAGCAGAAAGCGAAGGAGGCGGCCUUACAGACCGGACCCCCGCCUAGUGUCGGAAAGCGAUACGCUGAUCUCGCCAGCAAACCCAACACCGCAUCGGUCCCUAGCCAAGCGACCAACAAUAACAGCUCAGGAUGGGCUACGGUUGGAGCUGGAGGUAAAGUAAAGGCUCCAACCGGUCCGUCUUCGCAAGUGCGACCUACCAGCAGCGCCGCCAAACCGGUGGCUGCGGCUCCAACACCUACCUCGCGACCUGCUGUGAAGCCGUCGAAUUCCGCAGCCGGCACUGGCCACACGGAGGCUAUGGAAGAAUUUACUAAAUGGCUUCACAGUCAGUUGGCUAAAGGAAUUACAGGUGUUACGGACAGUAAGUUAAAGCCAUACGGACCGGGUUGAAUGACAAGACAGCUAACAAAAUGUGCGCAACAGUUGAAGCUUUUGCCAAUACGUUGAUAGGGUUCCCCCUUGUAGGUGAUCUGAUCUCGGACGCGAUCUACGCCAACUCUAAAACGAUGGACGGUCGUCACUUUGCCGAAGAGUUCAUUCGGCGCAAGAAGCUAGCUGAUAAGGGCGUGGUCGAGAAGCAGCCGGCUAAAAGUCCGUCUGCAGACACGCAGUCGAGCACUGCGGGUGGAUGGAACGAGGUAGCGAAGAAAAGCAGUUACAAGGAAUCUACUAGCGAUGCUAGCUUAAUGCAAGGUGCUGGCUUCAAGGUUGUACCUGGCCGAAAGAAGGGGAAGAAAUGAAGUAGAUUAGUUGUAACUGUGGUGUGCUAAUAUCGGCUGGAGAGUUGAGCCUCUAACGAAUGAUAUUAAUGAAGCUCUUGUGACCUUGACUUUCGUUUGUGUACACCAGGUGAUGUUCAUGCGAAAAUGAGUUCGGUUCUGUUUUAAGAUAGCUUCACGACCCAAAGUGUAAUUACCUCCCUAGGUGCUUCGUUAAUGCUCUAGUUUUUUCAACCUAGUCUUCGAGCUUUGCUAUAACCUGACUUGAAUGAGAGCCUAAGUUAAUUUAAAAAAGUAGCAUGAUGGAAGCUUUCUUUUUCUAUCUCUUUCUUUCUUCCUUUUUAUUUUAUUUUAUUUCUUCCCCGUAAGUUAGGUAGUAUGGGUUUGAAUACACCUCCUAUUCUAGCACUUUGCCUGUG